AUGGUCGCAGUUGGCUGGGCGUUCUGGGCGUUCUGGAUGGGAACCACAGGAGUCAUUGGGUUCUGUAAAACAUCAGAUCCUGCACCCCUGAGCGAGCAGCUCUUUAUGGCUUGCAAGGAAUGUAUCGACAGGCAGCUUGCCACAUUGGAGAAGCAAGAGCCCUCUGUUUUACUCAGCCAAUCCUCGCAACAUGCUGGCUCUUCUAAACUUCGGAGCCUCCACAGAUCCGGAAGGCGACCAUUUACAUUAUGUCUUCCUUCCCAGAUUACUCUUCCAACGCCUGUUUUCAAUUGUGGUCCUCAAGACGAAACAAGUUAA